AUCAUGCUUCAUGUCCGGAUGACGCGCGGCCGGUGACAGGACGACUCGGGGGAGUUGAGGUGCAGCUGGAACAGGGACGAGUCGCGGCUCUCUCCCGAGCACUUUGCGCUAGAAGGUGAUCCAUCCGGGGGCUCCUGCGGUGACCGGUCGACCGCGCGGCUGCGUUACAUGGAUUUCCGACCAGCGCAUCACUUAUAAUGUCUCCCAGCCCUCUCUGAGACCCUCGUUCGUUCUUUAUCGGAUCACUUCCCUCCCGAGAACUUCAGUCAGUGGAUCGCUUGGCGCGUGACCAGGAUGGGCUCGCAGACCGGCUCCGCUCUGCAGAGACAGGCGCUCCUGUGCUUCAUCAUAACAGCGUCUUCCUGUGUGUCUCGGGUGUGUCUGGACUCUGUGGGGCUCGGGUGCGGCGCCGACUACAGAAGCCUCAUCGAGACCCUCUGCCAGGACAAGUUCAGGCUGGACAUGCAGGCGCUGGACCAGAGGCACUGGUGCAGCUGGGAGGACACAGUCGAACUUUACGGCGAGCUGACAAACUGCACCUUCGUGGUGGCCAGGGAGUUGAAGUGCUACUGGCCCAACCGGGUCGUGGACGAAUUCUUCAUCCAGGUCCACCAGCACUACUUCCACGACUGCUCGCUGUCCGGACGGCUUCUCAGGGACCCUCCCAACCGCAUCCUGGGCCCCUUCAUCGUGGUCCCCAUCCUGGUCACCCUCCUCAUGACGGCCCUCGUGGUUUGGAGGAGCAAGCGCAGCGAGGGGAUCGUGUAGUGGAGGCAGGGAGUGAGGCACGCUCAUAAGACUCGAGAGUAGAGGUACUUGUUCAAUAUUUGGGGAAAGGGGUUUCAGGAAGACCACAGUUUCUUUAUUAUGAACAGGCAAAAGGUUCUUAAAUGAAAGAUCUUUUUUUAUGCGGGACUUGUCUGUUUGGACACUCUGUGUGGACUGAAAGGGAAUCCUUGGUGUACAGAGCUCAGAGUGAAUCCUGAUUCAUAUCGGUAUCAGAACACUGACCCCCGACUGCAAAUAUUCACAAAACACUCCAUGGAGACAGAAAUCCUGCAGAAAGUUUUAGAUGAAUGAAUGAAUUUGGUUUUAAUAAAAAUGCUGUCACCUUCAACAUGCAGGGAUUAAAUGAUGAAUACUGAAGACGGAUGCUCAUAACUCUUGCGGGGAACCCAGGGAUUUGAUUUUAUUAUUUAUGUGUACGUACAGUAAACAGUUGGUACAACGUAAGAUGAAGCUGUCGACAGAAUCCACUGGAUUGAUCUCUCUCCGAUGCAGUUUGUGUGAUUUCCUGUGCUAAUUUUGACGGAUGUGCACUACAUUUGAAUCCCGCAUUAUGAAUCCUCCAGAUGGCUCACUGUUGAGCUACAGAAUAUAGAGAGAGCAGAAAUUAGUUUUAAUUUCCUUUUUCUCUAGACAGCUCGGCUCACACAUCCCCAGUCUCUGCGCGCACCAGCAGAGCGGUCCGCACUCCGAAUGGGAAAUGAGCUUCUAUAGCAUGAGCUGCAUCGCUGGGAAAGGCAGAGGAAAUUACUGAAAAUUGGGAGGUGCUCGCCGCAAAGUACGGAAAAGCACAACAGAGGAAGGACGGCGGUCCAACGGCCCCGGGCUCUGAUCUCCAUCUUCCCCCUCCAUCACCAAGGAAACCGAUGUGAUGAAAAGAGGAGAACAUUCACAAAAGAUAAAUUACACUUCCAACUACAGAGACAACACUAAACACGAUGGGCUGAGUUAGCCAACGCACAUCCCGGUCCCACGUAGCCGUUGCCUAAAGCACAGGUCGUGUAUCGUGGACCUUCGGAUUCUAUUGAUCUCCCAGCGAGCCACAGUGUGCCGCGCGAACCGUUUCCUCACUGAUAUUUUUGAAUGCUCUCUUUCCUUUUAGAGAUUACCUGACCCCCCGACCUUCCUGUCAACAAAACAGACUCUAAAACACUCCCACACUUCCACAGCACGAUCCCACUUUGUACUCUGUGCCAAACGCUCAAUCGAAUAAGAAGGCAAUGCUUUGAAUUGUCUCGUGUGUUGUUGGAGUGGCUUCUGAUGAUUUAAUUCUUUUUUUUUUUAAUCUGUGAUUAUGAAGAAAGUUCAAUAAAGUAUCUGAUUGUGGUGUCUGGUAUGA